UGCACAGAGAACUUCACACUACAUGUACGUUUAGUGAUCACGCAUCUUUAAAUCGUACUGGAAACUUCUGUUUCCCACCUGUUCAAGCUCGGUCAUGGUGUCGUCCACUAAAGAUGGGACCGUGUGUAUUUGUCAGAUCUGUGACUGUGGUCGGCACCGCUGUCCGCACCAGAAGCAGCCCGAUCACUUCCAGCGGAUGCAGGCCGACCAGAAGCGUCCUCCAGCGGGAGCCACCGGUACUGAGUACCGGGAGGAGUUUAAAGCAUGGCCGACCACGGGAAAACUGAAGAGUCUACGGCCGGAGGUCAAGUCGGUGGCCACCAAGGACCCCAUGCAACUGUCCACCAUCUACCGUGACCUGUAUAUCGCCCACAAGCCCCAGAAGGUGACGUCCCUGAAGCCGACGCGCGUGUACAAUCCCCCGGAGGAGAGGCUGGAGACCAGCACCACCUACUCCAAGUGCUUCGACUGGAAGUACGCCGAGCCGCCCAACUGCCUCAAGCCCAAGCCCCAGCUCAACGUGCCCGACGGAGACAAGCAGUCCCCCUUCUCCAAGGACACCGUCACCAAGCUGACUUACAAGGAGUUCUCGCGAGAGGAACAACAGGCGGCCAAGUGUAAGAUCAUCAAACACAAGGAGGAGCUGGGUGCUAACCCUGAGGCCAGGCUAGAGGUCACCACCAGCAGCUACACGGAGGACUUCCCGGCACACGACAGCGUGGCGCCGCCCAAGAGUACCAAGCCGCCCCAGGAGUACAUCAAGUCCGACAAGCCUUUUGAGGACGACACCGUCAACAAACUCGACUACGUGCCGCACCCCCCGCAACCAAGGCCCGUCAAGAAGAAGAUUGAGUACAAGCCCAACAACAAGCCAUUUGAAGGGGUAUCGAUGAUGAAAGCGGAGUUCCCGGUCCAUUCCGCGGGCCCUCACCGGCCGCCCAGCUUCAAACCCCCGCAGGUGUACAAGUCUCCUCAGGCCAAGUUCCGUGACGGCACCACGCAGUCCACGGCAUUCCAACCCUGGCCGCUGCCCAAGAAGGAGAAGUGGCCCUGGGCGUCCCGGGGCAUGUACACCUCACCGGCAGACGUCUUCAGGUGCACCACGUCUUACCGCGAGGACUUCGUGCAGCCCGCCAAGGUGGGAGACCGGCCCAAACCCUUCCGUCCCGUCAGCAAACGUGACGUCAAGUCCGACAAGAAAGUGCCCUUCCAGGGCCAGAGCACCACCCGCAGUACGUACGUCCCCUGGAACAACACCCAGCCCGUCAAGUCGUACAAGAAGAGCGAGAUCUACUCCCCGCCUUCCGAGAAGUUUGUAGCGCAGUCAACCUAUCAGACGAGGUUUACCGGAGAGAUGGUAUCGCCUGCCCGGUCCUGCCGCCCCGCCUACAAAGGGCCGUACGAGGAGGGCCGACCUGCUAUGGAGGCGUCCACAACUUACCGGGAGUGCUUUACUGUCCCUGCUCGGCCCCAGAGCUGCCCGGCCAUGAAACUGUCCCUACGGACGGUGGCGAACGAAGCAGUGAGGCAGGGGUCAAAGUGUGCAGCCGUGGUCACAGCACCUGAAAACGACCUUGAGUACAGCCACAAGUCGUCCGGACACACGUAUUACCGGCUGUGCAAGCGGCCCAACACCGCCAGACAGCCUGUGGCCGGUGCCAAAGACUCAAACACCAAAUAAUGCACCCUAGUGGUGUUUAAAAGUACUGCAACUACUAAAUACACGGAGCAUUUUGUAAUUUUCAUAGGUCACCAACAUGUUACCUGCUCAAGA